AUGAUCAAUUCAGAGAAAAUCUUCAACAAAGAAAAACAAAUCCACAAUACUAUUCUCUCUUCAAGCAAANAUUCGAAUCCACGACUUCGUGAAGGUUUCAAUCUUCUCGGUUAUUCUCAAGGUAGUAUCAUCGCUCGUGGUGCUGUUGAAUGUUGUUCGUUGCCUGUCUAUAAUCUCAUAACUCUAAGUGAUAUUCAUCAAGAUUUACUAACAAAAUACGCGUAUGUAACGGCAAUACAAAACGCGAUUAGUCCAGCGAAUUACUGGCGCGAUCCUGAGCAAUUAGAUCGAUACUAUUCGAAUUGUCAUUAUCUUUCUGAUAUCAAUAAUGAACGAGGUACUCCGAAUGGAAUCUAUCGUGAAAAUAUCCUCAAAUUAAAUUCAUUUGUCAUGACUUAUUCGAACAUAGAUGAAGUUGUUAUGCCAAGACAAUCCGGUUUAUUUAUGGGUUAUAUGAAAAAUUCCUUAGAAAUUGAAACAUGGAAUAAUUCGAGACAAUUCACCACAGCAGAGUAA